UGGACGUACGAACAUUACUUAAUUCCAUAAAGAUAGGAAAAAGUACACGAGGUGAUGGACUUUGAAGUUUGGAUUAGACAUAUAGAGGAUGAUCUGGGGCAUGUUAUAAGGCAGAUAAUUUGAUUUGAUAUCAAUUUACGAGAUGUUUUCCUCAAGUGUCGGCAACAAUCUGGGUGGAAAAGCUUGGUGUCGUUGUUAUUGUGGCCACGAUGUUAUUAUUAUAUGUGACCUGUGGACGUAUUUAACGAAGAUAAUUAAGAUGAAGAAGCUUUAAGGGAAGUAUGACUACCACAGACCGAGGCAAGCUGGUUGAGGAGGCAGAUCAUGGAGGGGGGUGUGGUGGUAACUCCAGUAAUCCACCCCCCUCCUCUUCAUCUUCAUCAAAUUCUAAUUCUAAUUCAUCUACUACUUCAAUUCCUCCAAGUGGAGUACUAGUGCCUGGAGGACCAAAGGGACCAGAUGGAACUGUCAUUGAAGAGGUUAUGACAGCAGUUGUUGGGAAGAAGCAACCAGUAAGGGGUCAAGCAUUUCGUGCACCAAAUGGAGAAUAUGUAUCAUACCUCUGUACCGAUGAUGCUACUCUGUAUAGACCUGGAGAUUCUGUGUAUAUUGAAAGUCAGCGCGCUGAUCAGCCAUUCUUUAUAUGCUCAAUACAAGAAUUUCGCAGGAGUAAGAGAGACACGCUAAUGGUAAACAUCAAGUGGUUCUACCGACCGUCAGAAGUCCCAGAAACUGUUUACCAACGACUGGCUCAGGAUCGCAACACAGAAAACAACAACAAAUCCCUAGUAACUGAUGAUCCAGUUAUAAAAUCAAGAGAACUUUUUAUCUCUGAUGCUACAGAUACUUAUCCUGUGUCUGUGCUUCGAGGUUUAUGCCGGGUGGAUCAUUAUUCAGAUAUUCAUUCUGUGCGAGAUUUUAUGCCUGAAGAUAAUGCCUUCUUUUAUAUUCUUGGAUAUAAUCCUGAGACAAGGAGAUUAGCCUCAACACAGGGAGAAAUUCGUGUAGGUCCAUCACAUCAGGCCAAACUUCCUGAGUAUAGGGGUAAUGUUAUAAUAGAAGAGAGGCCAGAGGUGUGUGCGGAUUGGGAGGAGCAGCGCUGGAUUCCUGGAGCUUCAAGGGACACCGAUCUUCUCAUGUACCUGCGAGCUGCUCGUUCUAUGGCUGCGUUUGCAGGUCUUUGUGAUGGUGGCUCUACUACUGAUGGAUGCAAUGCUGCAUCCCGUGAUGAUACAACCAUUAAUGCCCUCGAAAUGCUCCACAAUAGUGACUAUGACCAUGGUAAAGCUCUCCAAGCUCUUGUCAAGUGCCCUGUUCCUGAUGGAAUUGAAAAAAAGUGGUCAGAAGAAGAACGAAAACGUUUUAUGAAGGGAUUACGACAAUAUGGGAAAAAUUUCUUCCGAAUAAGAAAAGACUUGUUGCCACACAAAGAAACAAGUGACUUGGUAUCAUUCUAUUACCUUUGGAAGAAAACUCCAGCAGCAGCUGGCCACAGGCCGCACCGCCGACACCGCCGUCAGAAUGUAUUAAGAAGGAUUCGAACCCCUCGAGCUCAGCGUAACACAGGCCCUAGUGACCCACUUGAUCCUUCUUCUGCAUCGGAAAAAGAUGAUGAUUCAGAUGACUCUGAUUCCAAGGACCGCCAGGGGUAUCAUUGCAGACACUGUUACACUACUUCAUCUCGUGACUGGCAUCAUGCAGGGAAAGAUAAGCAACUACUCUGUUUUGAAUGUCGUAUUCACUUCAAGAGAUACGGAGAUUUGCCAGUCAUCACAAAUCCUCGUGAGCCUCCCCCUGGGUCUGGUCGACCACCACCAACUCCCACAGAAGAAGAUUUACGAAUGAGAACUCGCACACGAUCCAAGGAAAUAAGCACUCGUCACCGCGUGUCCAGACGUUCACGAGCAAACACUCCUGAUAUGACUGAUGAGUGUCCUACGCCUGACAGGAGAACUCCAGAUAGACGAACUCCUGACAGAAGAGCAUCUCGACUUUCAGCCUCUCCAGCUCCUAAAAAGGUGGAGGACAACAAAAGUGUGCGACAGAUAAAGCGCACACUUGGUUCCGAUGAAACGUCAGGCUCUUCUACCCCGAACAAGAGAAAGCGCAGUGGUGACAUGUCUGGCCUUAGCUCAGAAGAAAGCUCUGAUGAGGGUGAUGGUGGAAGUGGUGAUCCAAGUUCCCCAUCACCAAUUGCUCCUUCACCACCAACACCACAGCUUCAUCCGGUUGCACCUCCUCACUCAGAAACAUCAGUGACUUCUGGAUUUUCUCAUAUUCCCUCUUCCACUCCCAUGGUCACAACAUCAUCUACCACUACUCCCACUCUUUCCAUUACCACUGCUACCAUUAACACUGCCAUCAUUACCAACACCACCACCUCCACAUCAACCUCCACCACUAACAUUACCAUGGCCACUACCACCACCACUGCUGCCACCCCCACUACUACUACUACUACCACCACUGUCACUGCCACUGCUACUGCUACUUCUACUGCCAUUGCCACUGCCACUGCCACUCCACCCCCUACCAUCACCACUUAUGCUGUCACCACCACUGUCACUACCUCUUCCACAACUCUGGCAGUUUCUUCCUUGCCCACUCAUUCUCUUACAGUUACCACUGCUACUACUGCCACACCCACUCCUAUUCCAGUUCCCAUUCCAAUUCCCUCUAUCACUCCAAUAACUUCAGCUCCUACUUCUACACCUACUACAACAAUGCCUUCAUCACCACCAGUAACUCCAUCACAUCUGAUUCCCAUAUCUGUGUCAUCAUUAUCUCCUGGCCCUCCACCCAAGCCUAGACAGUUGAUGCCUACAGGGACAGUAUGGCCAAUCAUGCCAGGCUCUCCUGCACCAUCCAGUAUUCCAGUUUCCACUGUAUGUGGAGUAACUACUACUACUCAGGUUCAGCCAACAUGGAGUAGUGUAGUGCAGUCUUCACUAGUAGCUGCUGCUGCAGUACCUAGAUUAUCUCCUGGAAGUUUAGUGCCUCCCCCAGCCCACAGUGGCUCAGCAGUACCAGCACAAGUAAUAGGUCGCCUUACUUCAAGUGUGUCAACAACACAGUCUCCAAUUGUUAUCCAAUAUAAACCAGCAGUCAUAUCAGCUGCUUCAGUUAUUUCUACUAUGAGCAGUGUCAUAAAUCAAGGUCAUAAUAGACCAAUAGUCACUGGUAACCGUGUUACUUCUGUUCCUCAGCUUGUGACCCCCAGUGCCACUAGACCAACCUCUCUCACUGUUGUAGCUCCUGUAGCAUCAGUUGGACUAGCUGCAACAUCACCAGUCACGACCACAACCAUAUCGAAUGCAAUGAGGCCUGUAACAAGUUUAGCUUUAGAAGAACGUGGGUCUGUAGUGAGAGCACCUGUCAGCAGUGUACCACACAGUUUGCUUUCCACGUUACCAGGAACGCCACCUGUUACUCAAGAUAAACCUGUCAAAGUCAAAUCAGAAGCUGAAGUUGUCAGAUUUUCUCCAGGAAUUCACCCAGCCCUAAGACCAUCUGCUCUUCAUGGCUACCCCCAAACAGGGACUUCAAAUCCUCCAGUUAGCCAAGCACCCUCCUCUACUGUUUCUAUAGCAAGAGGAAGUCCUGCACCUGCAGUGUACACUGUUGGAGUUACAGGAACUCCUCCAACAUCCCUUCAAUCAGUAUCAUCACGACCAUCUUUAAUACCCAGCUCAAGCUUGCCCCCGUACUCAGCCCCCACAGGAAUCAUUAAGCCAGAACAUAUAAAACGUGAACCUGAACUUGUACCAAGACCUGAAAAAUUAAAAUAUGAGCAGCUUCCUCUCUCAACUGAUGGAUUUAAAAGUGAAUUUAUAAAGUCUGAACCAAAGAAUGAGAUUAAAUUAGAAAGGAGUGAUAGACCAGAAAUUAUAGCAGAAUUCAAAUCAGAAUAUCGCCAAGAAAUUAAGCCACCAAUCUCUAGUUGUCCUCCAAGUGUUACCUCUAUGACAACUUUGUCAUCGUUGCCUGCUCAUCUAACUAUUCCUGGUUAUCCAUACCCUUAUGCAGCAUAUGGUUAUCCACUUCCAAUGCAGUAUUAUCAUGGACAUCCUCGUUCAUCACAUCGACCACAGUCACCCUCUCAACGUCCUAAUAGCAAUGGUCCUACUGUCCCUGUCUCUUCAUCAGGAGGAUCUAGUAGAGUUUCUCCUAACCCUGUACCUUUUUCAACAUCAUCUUCAACUAUAACAACUUCAUCAACUACUACCAAACCAACCCCAACACUAGGAUCACAUGUAGCUCCUCAUCUAGGGCCACCAGUGUUUACUACUCGCUCAGGAGCUCCUCCACACCUUUCCUCUCCUAGUAAGAUGCCAGCUAGUCAGCCAUCACCUGUACCACCUGGUAUGCGUCCACCAGGACCUGCUGUGGGUUUACCUGGAAUGUCUCCAGGUUUACCACCUGGAUUGCCUCCUGGUAUGAUUCCAACCUCAUCAGGAGGACCUACACUACCAACCCCUCCAGCUGCUCAUACAGGGCCUGUUGUUAAGCCACCUAGUAUGCCUGUAAAUUUAACUCAGCCUCCUACCCCUGCUGGCCAGCCACCUACCACCCAGGCCUUGCCAGCCACAGUACCACCAAGUCACCCAGCAUACCCAGGAGGUCCUGCAUCUACCCACAGCACAAGUAGCAGUGUUCACGAAGGAGAAGAACACGAUGAUGGUGAUGAUGAUAUACCGUCUCACAGAGAACCCUCCCCAGAACCAAAAAUAGAAGACUCGGAAUUUCAUCGCUCCGAGAGUGCAAUCUUCUUGCGUCACUGGAAUCGUGGAGAUUUCAACUCGUGCACUCGUACUGAUCUCACCUUCAAGCCGGUUCCUAAUAGCCAGUUAGCACGAAAGCGAGAAGAAAGGUUAAGAAAACAAGCUGAAAGAGAACGAGAAGAGAGAGAGAGAAUACAGCGGAAAGCCAACACCCCCGAUAAACGGGAUACCCCUAAGCCAUCAAGCUCAGGUGAGAGUAGCUCACUUUAUGACCGUAUGCCACAGAGAAACCCAGUGGAUACACCAGCUCUUUCAAGACUUGGUGAGUAUGCCCGUUCUCCUGCUGGGCUCUCUCCUGGUGGGGGCCGUCCUCCUGGUUUAGGCUUGCCUCCAGGAUUAACUGGCGCACCACCACAUAGUUUGGACUUGCUCCACUAUGGCAGUAUGGCAGCACUGUAUCCAGCAGGAUCUCAAGAAAGAUUAGAGCUAGAAGCCAGGGAGCGUGAACUUCGUGAAUUGAGGGAUCGGGAGCUAUCGGAUCGUAUCAAGCAGGAAAUGCUGAAACGCCCUUUGAAUCCAGCUGAUGCAGCGUAUCCCCAUGGUCUGUCUCCGCACUGGCUAAGUGGUGGUCGCUUUCCGGGUAUUCCUCCACCUGUAUCUUUGGCUUCAGGAUUCCCCCACACCCAUGCUUUGUAUCCACCAAGCCCAUCAGUUUCCUCGGCCAUCAUUGCCUCUGAACGAGAUAGACUGGAACGCCUGGGGCUACCAGCCACGACCCUGGGCCUGAGCGCAGCUGCUACUUCUUCGGACAACCCACUGACUGUAUCCACUGCGGAGAGGCUAGCCCUGGCUGACCACAUGCAUCGGAUGCAGAUGAUCAACGAGGUUCAUGCCCAUACUCACUCCCAUGCCCACACCCACCUCCACCUUCAUCCUGGAGCGGCAGCAGCUGCGGCAGCUGCUGGUUACCCUCCUCGGCCACCCAUGCUGAGGCCUGGGGAUCCUCCUCCUCCGCUUCCCCCUGGAUACCCACCUCAGAGCCACCAUGCUGCCUUACUUGGACGAAAUUAUGAAGAAUUAGCUCAUCUCUCGGCGGCCCAUGCACAUGAGCAGCUGCAAAGACAAAUGAUGAUAGAGAGAGAGCGUUUUCCUCAUCUAAACCCAGGAGGACACUUUAGGCCUGACUAUGGUCAUGGCCGGUGAGACGGCUGUACUUAUUACUUUAGUAAUACAUAGGCAGAAUAAGAUAUUCUUGGCUCGGUUAAACUUUGUAAAUACAGUAGUAUGGCAUAUCCAUUCAAUUACAAUAGAAGUUCCUCAAAUAUCUAAAUAGUUUCUAUAAGACAUCCAUCUUAAGAAAGGAUAAAUGAUAUGAAAUUGUUGGAAUUAUUCUGAAUACACUUGACUAUUUUGUAUUAACCCAUUAAAAAAGUUGUUGCUGAUAUAGUUUUGAUAAUUACUGAGGAACUGUUGAAUGCAAGUGAUAUGUAGGAUGAUUAAGAUGAUGUCAUUUCUGGUAAAGUAAAAUUGUUGGUCUCUUGCAUUGAAUUGCAAAAAUAAAUUAUCUUGGGUCAGCUUGCAUGAAAAAAAAUAUAUAGAACAAAGCAGUACGGGUGCAAUGUAUUUUUCUCUUGCUUUUCUGCCUGUUUUAUUGUAAGUUAUUGGGUUAGGAUGUUACAAUAUAGUGUUGUGGUCUAAUUGUGGAAAAGACAUGUAUUUUAACACACACUUUGAGAGGCUGUGCAGAAUGUAAAUUUCUGUGGACCAUCACAUAAUUUUAAGGUGAAAGAUUACCUGAAUUGAAUAAUUGUUUAGCAAUGAAUACUGUAACACAAUUGGACCUAUCUUGAUCUCAUUCUGUGGUAUUUAUUUAGUUUACCAGAUCUCGCAAUAUUAAAGACAAGACUUGGCAAGUGUUUCCUGUUUGUAUAUACACUAUAACAGUGUAUGGUGCACUUUUUAACACACUGGCCAUCUAUAAUACAUGAUAAUUAAAACAUUCUUGCUAUUUUCCUUUUUAAGAAGGUUUCUCAUUGGCAGGGUGGAAAAUGUUUACUUGGUGACUAGCUAGCUUUAAACACAUUAAUGAUUUGCAUCAAUUUAUAUCUUAGGAAGAUAUAUACUGCCACUUAUAUCUUAGUAUUAAAGCCUGUUUCCAGAGUUGUUAAGCACAGUGUCUAAUCCAUGGUGAUCCCUUUUAGCACUCGUAAUGCAGUGACUCCAUUUUACCCGAGUUUUAGCUGUUGUUAAUCUCUCUCAGUCUGUAUAUUAUGGGUAUGAUAAAAUACAGUACUUUAAUGAGGAUGGCCAUCUUUCAUCAUACUUGGGCAGUUACAGUAGAUACCAUUACAAUAACAGAUCACCCAUGAUUAAUAAGGGGCAUAUUCUGGUCUCCAUUCAGUGUUCUAUUCUACCUCGGGAUCAACCUUGGAACUUUUUGCUUGUUAAAAAGUUGGCUUUGAAAUAUAUUUGAGGGAGAUCUAUGGAUCAUAGUAUACUAAUAAAGUAAAAAGACGAAUUGCAUAACUAGUUGGUAUACGAAACUACUGAACAAAGAUCUGAGGGUAGUGAAUGUAACUCUUUGUUUUGGGAAAGCAGUUUUAGAAGUUAAAGUAUGUUUGUCCUUUAUAUUUUAGGAUAUUAAAUGUAAAUCUUAGUGGUCAAUAUACAUACUUGUCUGAAUUUUCCAUCCUUGCUCCUUCCUCAACAAAAUAAAUGGGAAUAGAUAUAUAUAUAUACCAAGUCUUGUACGAAAUUGCAAGACGUCAUUAUCACCAGCAAUAUGAUCACCAAACUUAAUUAAGAAAUUUCCCAGAGAUUUCUUUGUUACCAGUAUCAUAAUUUUUUUUUUUUUGUAACUCAUAUUUAUGAUUAUUUAAGUUAUUAAAAUCAAAAGCAAUACCAUAGUACUGAAUAUUAUUUUUUUCAAAAUAAUAAGUAUAUAAUGACAGAUUUUCCAAUAAGAUAAUUUUCCUCACCCUAUGCUCAAGUUGUUGCAAGUACAGUGGAACCUCAUACUAUCUGCUACUAAACUGCAGAUUUCAGGUAUCUACAUUUUUGUGGAUGAAAAUCAGUUGUAGUUGGGCAAGAAUGAGUAUGACAGUUGAGAUUGCCGUCUGCAAAGGUCUGUGUAUAGCAUAUGUAAUUUUCCCAUUUUGCAUUGUGACAGCAGUAGUGAUGAUUUACUGUAAUACAUUGGCCCUUUCUCACCAAGGUUCAGUGACCUAAAGAUGGAAAACAUUCAGAAUCACUCAUUCCCUACCUGUCUUUGCAAAGUUCAGGGACAUCACAAUUCAAAUGAUCCAUGGGCCUAUGAGAUCCCCCACCUAUCAAGUCUAGCUAACCAGUUUUACCCUGAAUUCCUUCAUAGAUAAUAUCUUGCUUGCUUUCCAACAGCACUUCAGAUCUUUCUUUCUGCCUCCCCCCAAGAAAUUGUCUUCUCUUUUUACAUUAUCACAACUGUCAACUGAAUGCUCAAGUUACUUCCUCUCAAAACUUUUGAAUUUCUGGUGGGAUGUCCUCUACACUAUAUCUUUCAUCUUCCUUAGAUUUAUACACCCUCUUUAUCAGCCCUGUAUACACCUAAAUAACAAAUUAGUCUUGACACUCCUUCACUUAUGGUCCUUGUAUUAUAUAUUUCAUACUGUGAGAUAAUCAUCUGAUUUGUUCAUAUCUUAUAUUCACACCUCACAUAUUGGUCUCAAACAUGGCAAUUCUAGCUGCCUCUUAUCUGCAACACUCGUAAAGCACACCUCAAACCCAAACAAAAAGUGUUUGCAUACUAUCCUCAUGAUACAUCCCUCUUUCUUUAUCCACUGACAAGCUUCAGUUUAUUCAUUCAUUUUUUUUUUCCUCAACAAGUUGGCCGUCUCCCACCUAGGCAGGGUAACCCAAAAAGAAAGAAAAUCCCCAAAAUGAAAAUACUUUCAUUAUUAUUCACCACUUUCACCUCACUCAUACAUAAUCACUGUUUUUGCAGAGGUGCCCAGAUACAACAGUUUAGAAGCAUAUAUAAAGAUACAAUAUAAAAAGUGACCUGAAAUAAUUUAAUAAACUCCCUGUAGAAUAUAAUAUCAGGGCCCCAAUUAUGUAUAUAUAUACACCGUCCUAUUAUAUAUCCCUCCAAACUGCCAAUAUCCCAAGCCCCUCCCCUCUUUAAAGUGCAGGCAUUGUGCUUCCCAUUUCCAGAACUCAAGUCCGGCUAUAUAAAAAUAACCGGUUUUCCUGAAUCCCUUCACUAAAUAUUACCCUGCUCACACUCCAACAGCUUGUCAGGUCCCAAAAACCAUUCGUCUCCAUUCACUCCUAUCUAACAUACUCAUACACGCUUGCUGGAAGUCCAAGCCCCUUGCCCACAAAACCUCCUUUACCCCUUCCUUCCAACCUUUUCGAGGACGACCCCUACUCCGCCUUCCUUCUCCUACAGAUUUAAAUGUUCUCCAUGUCAUUCUACUUUGAUCCAUUCUCUCUAAAUGACCAAACCACCUCAACAACCCCUCUUCAGCCCUCUGACUAAUACUUUUAUUAACUCCACACCUUCUCCUAAUUUCCACACUCCGAGUUUUCUGUAUAAUAUUUACACCACACAUUGCCCUUAGACAGGACAUCUCCACUGCCUAAAACCACCUCCUCGCUGCUACAUUCACAACCCAAGCUUCACACCCAUAUAAGAGUGUUGGUACCACUAUACUUUCAUACAUUCCCUUCUUUGCCUCCAUAGAUAACAUUUUUUGACUCCACAUAUACCUCAAUGCACCACUCACCUUUUUUACCUCAUCAAUUCUAUGAUUAACCUCAUCCUUCAUAAAUCCAUCCGCCGACACGUCAACUCCCAAGUAUCUGAAAACAUUCACUUCUUCCAUACUCCUCCUCCCCAUUUUGAUAUCCAAUUUUUCUUUAUCUAAAUCAUUUGACACCCUCAUCACCUUACUCUUUUCUAUGUUCACUUUCAACUUUCUACCUUUACACACACUCCCAAACUCAUCCACUAACUUUUGCAAUUUUUCUUUAGAAUCUCCCAUAAGCACAGUAUCAUCAGCAAAAAGUAACUGUGCCAAUUCCCAUUUUGUAUUUGAUUCCCCAUAAAUUAAUCCCACCCCUCUCCCGAACUCCCUAGCAUUUAUUUCUUUUGCAACCCCAUCUAUAAUUUCUCAUUUCCAGUCUUGGUGGUUCAAUCUUUGACUAGGCUGUGGGGAAGCUAAUCCCCAGUACCUCAUAUUACAGAUUACAUCAGUGGGGAAGCUAGUCUGCUAAAAUCAGCUUUCAGUAACAGAUGUUUGCAGAUAGUUGAGGUUCAGUUGUAUUUUUUUUUUUUUUUUGUACAGUUACUUGCAUAAGGAUCAAAACAAACUUAUUGGAACACUCAAAAUAGUGUUAUUUUAUAUUCAUCACAAAAUAAAUUUUAUCUUUAUUUUAUACAGUUAGGUAAGGAAUUAUAUGACUGAUUUAUAAUGUAAAAGACUUGUAUUACUUGAUGCUUAAGUAUUCACGUAAAUCAUUGUUUUUAGCUCAUGACACCUUUACUUUAUUGUCCCAGAGUAAUAUUCAGACUGUGACACUAGUUUCGUCUUAAAUGUAGUUGUUUGCUGUCUUUGACUUUCUGCCAAAUUCAGCAAAUAUUUUGAUAGAUUACUUGAGAAAUGCUCAGGUUGAUAUGAGAGAAAUUGAUAAUGUACGGCUCUUCUAUAUUUUCUCAUGAUUUAAUUUUCAUUAUUUAAAUUAUGUAUUUGUUUUCUCAGUUUUAAUUUUUUUAAUAUAUUUCAUUACUGACUGACUGAAUUCAGUAUAUGUACUGUAUUUUGAAAAUCUUCAGCUCAGUUUAUCUGACUCAAGGGCCAGAAUUCCUUUUAUUGUAAGUGAGAGCAACCCGAGAAUAUAAUUUUAUUUAAAAUUCCACCUUCAUGGUAUGUGCUUCAGGUACAAACCUAUUUCUUUCCAAGAGACUAAAGUAUUCUUGAUAAGUGUUACAAAAACUCUGUACCUAAUAAUGUCUUUAGGCAAAAUUUAAUAUCUUUAUUAUUUAUCCAUUUUAAUAAUGUUUUGUAGGUAUGAAUUGAGGAGACUGAGCCUGAAGUGAAGUUGAAUGUUAUAUUAAGUGAAUAUGAAUGUGAAUGGGAUACUGAAUUGUUUGAAAUCCCCUUUUUUUUAAAGGGUUCUACUUAAUAAAUUGUAUAUAUGAAAAUCAGUUUAAUGUAAUUCCACUUAGAUUAAUGUUAAUUGCUGGUGACCACCUCAUAUAUGAGAUCAUCAGUAUUGUACAUAAACAAUAAGAAGACUUAGUGUCUUCUUCGAAAUUUUUUUACCUUAUUUCCACUGUGAGUUUUGUCACUAGAAAUACAUGUUUAAAAAAUUG